AUGGCUGUUGUUUCACGUCUUUGGAAGUUUGGUAAAAACACUGGUUGUUAUUUUGUUGGAGCUGGUAAGCUUGCUCUCAAUCCGAGUACACCAAUACCUAAAACUGAUGUUCAUCCAAGAAUGCCUGCUUUCCCAGAUACUUUUCCUGAACUCAUUCGGAUGCUUCCAUAUCGACAUUAUUGGAAAUUUAUUCCUAUAUUUAGAGCUAUUGUAUUUGGUCAUUGUCUCAUCCUUCCAAUAUAUUUGAUGAGUUCAUUGAAUUCAUCUAAAGUCCAUGCACAGCGUGACCAACUUAAUCACGCUAUACACAGUGCUGAGGGUGCACUUGCAUAUGGCCGUUUGCAGCGUAAGGAGGAUGCCAAAUACUUUAAAGAAUACGAUCCUAAAGCUCAAUUUCGUCCAAAAUGGUUCAAAGAUGAAAUUUCUUGGAUGAAGCUCAAGUAUUUUUUAAAUAAUUAUUUUUUAUUUUUUGGAACUACUGGGGCGAAUGGAAGCACAAAAUCGUCUCUAAUUCACUCCCUUGAAAUCUUCCUUUAA